CGGGAAUGUAAGUCUGUAUAUCUGCCCCGGCGCCAGUUUGAGCGUUCAGUGAGGCAUCAUUCUAUUUUGGUUUAACCUUGGAAGUGAUCGAGUCCCUCACAUAUACUAUGUACCUUAGGAGCCCAGGUCACGGAGGUUUUCUCUUCAUCUUCAGGGCGGGUAUAAACAUCUGCUUUAUUAUGCGGCUUUUUAGCCGCUGAUCACUCACCUACCUACCUGCUCUUCUAUAUCCUCCCCGCAAUACCCUGACGGCCCUACCAUGCCAUUAUCUAAACAUAACCAACUUCCUGACACACUGGCACGUACUUCAGUAUACAUUGACAUUUUACCAGAGUCUAGUUCACGGUGGAGCUCAUCUUCAUCACAUUUACAUGGCCUAUACAGGUCCCCCCAAGGUGUCAUUGUGUUCCGCCCCUCCUCGAACACGCCGCGUCGCAUGAGAGAUAUUGAUCACACUGUAACUUUCGUCUCUACCUCUGUCGUCAUUGCCAAGUCAUCCUAUAUCAUCUUAUUGGAUGGCGCACCCAUACACAACGAGGACACAAAACUCGAUUGUAUUGGACCAUAUUUCACCGGUUCUGCGAACCCAUCGGAUGAAGGUCCAUUGCUCUACAGCACAGCCUUGGUUCCAAAGUAUUGGGAAUUCUUGUGCAAAUCCCCAGACCCCACCGUAUAUACCAUCCUUCAUGAUGUGUACCGUCCUGCAGACCCGAAUCCUUGUUUGCCGAGGCGCUUAGGCCGUCCACACCCGGUUCUUAUCUUCUCUGCUACAUACCACUUCCGGUACCUAGUGCCAGCAUACAUGCCCCUAUCUUCCGUGACACCAAGUCGCCCAGAUCAAGCCAACGCACCUUUCAUGGCAAACGCAGCCGAUUACGAUUUACCGGAGCCCAUCUGUCCGCAAAAACACUCUAUGCAUCUCAGCCUCUCAGAUGACGAUUCAGAGAGCCUUCGGUCGCACGAAGGCAGCUCGCAAAAUCUGUUGAAUGAGCAAUUCAUACCGGACGUCGGCUUGGAUGAUAACGACCUCAUGAUCAACAUUCAUUACUCACCCGAGAUCACAUCGAAGGGUAUGAUACCACAAUCGUCGGUUUCAAGCCUCCCGAAGGACAUUCGUAAUUACAUCAUGUAGGAAGGCGCGCACCUACAGAAGUAACAUUAUUUUGACGAUUGAAAGCCG